ACAGCCAGCUUGUGAGCAUAAAAACCCCCAGCACUCUUCGGUCUGAUGUCCUGUUGCCUCACGAGCAUCUCCAAGCCUCCAGCUCUCCAUCUUUCCACAGCGAUAAAUAACAGAACAAGACCAACAUGAGCCACUCAAUGUAUACCUCCACUUCCUACAGGCGCACCUUUGGAAGCCCACACCCUGUCUCCAUGUCCUCCUACUCCCCUGUGUCCUCCCGUGUGCCCAUUUCUGGAGGGCGCUAUAUGCGUUCAAUGUCACCUGUGGUUUCAUCCCGCUCCACCACCUACCAACAACAGCGUUCCCGCUCCAGCACCCAGCCCCCUCGCAUCAGCUACGACAAGGUGGACUUCACCCUGGCUGAAGCCAUCAACCAGGAGUUCCUAACCACCCGCAGCAAUGAGAAGGCUGAGCUGCAAGAGCUCAACGACCGCUUCGCUAACUUCAUCGAGAAGGUGCGCUACCUGGAGCAGCAGAACGGUGCACUGCAGCAGGAGCUCAGCCAGUACAAGGGCCAGCAUCAGCAUGGUCAACCAAACCGUGCCGCUGACCUCUUCCAGGAGGAGCUGAAGGAGAUGCGGCGCCAAAUGGACACCAUCGGAAAGGAGAGGGACCAGUACCUACUGGAGAGGGACAACCUGGCUGAGGACCUGGCAGCGCUUAAGCAGAGGCUGGAAGAAGAAGCCCAGAAGAGGGCAGAUGCUGAGAAUAACCUGGUUGCUUUCCGGAAGGAUGUGGAUGAUGCCACAUUGUCCCGUCUGGAGCUGGAGAGGAAAAUUGAGUCUCUGAUGGAUGAGAUUGAAUUCCUUAAGAAGCUCCAUGAUGAAGAAAUCCAAGAAGUACAAGUGAGUGUCCAGACCCAGCAGCUGAAGAUGGAAGUGGACAGCAGCGCCAGGCCAGACCUAACUGGUGCUCUGAGGGAGAUCAGAGCCCAGUAUGAGACCAUUGCUCUAAAGAACAUGCAGGAAUCUGAGGACUGGUACAAGUCCAAGUUUGCUGAUCUGACUGAGUCUGCAAAGCGCAACAGCGAUUCUCUGAGGCAGGCCAAGCAGGAGGCCAAUGAGUCCAGGAGACAGAUUCAGUCUCUCAACUGUGAAAUUGAUGCACUGAAGAACACGAAUGAAGCUCUGCUGAGGCAGAUGCGUGAAAUGGAGGACCAGUUUGGCAAUGAGAUUGGUAACUACCAGGACAAUAUAGGCAGGCUGGAGGAUGAAAUCCGCCACCUGAAGGAGGAGAUGGCUCGCCACCUUCGGGAGUACCAAGACCUCCUCAAUGUCAAAAUGGCUCUGGACAUUGAGAUUGCUACUUACCGUAAACUGCUGGAGGGGGAAGAGAGUAGGAUUACUGUUCCCAUUGUCAAUCUUGGCAUGACCAAUCACUUUGGUGACCGAGACUAUGAACAAACUCCAAGCAGCGUAAGCAAGAAGACUGUGGUGAUAAAGACAGUUGAGACUAGAGAUGGAGAGGUGGUGAAGGAAUCCAGGAGGGAGAAGGAGAGAGACUCAGAUCGCUCUGAUAGAACUGACAAGGACGACGAGUAGAUGAUUGAUCAGAAAAUGGGAAGAGGAAAAAACUAGAUAAAAAUAGGAAACAAAAUGAACUCUGAUCCAUAUAGUCUCCAUUUCCACAAGUUAGGUUAGGUGUUUUAUUGUCUAGCAAAAUGUCUCUCAGUGUAGGUGCAAUGUUGAACAACUCCCUUUAGACAGUGUCACUUUGGUGCUAUUUAAGCCACCCAGUUUUUGCUAAACACUUGUCUCAUCUGUAGGGCUAAUGAAAACCACUUUAUUAACAUACCACUUGAGGCCUUGAUUUACAGUGCAAUCCCUUGAAACCCUGCAGUGACCACACAUUUGUAGCAGAGUAUUAAACCACAGUCUAAAAGGGUAGUUCAAAUGUAGAAUUUUAGCAGUUACUGUUGUAGAUAUGACUUACAAACAAAACUUCACACUGUCCUUUGGUCAACAUACCUUCUAAGACACACUGAAAAUAAAUUAAGCUACUUGCAUUUGUUUUAGAAGCUUUGCUAUCCUUUUAUUGCGCAAAUCAACAAAAGACAUGGAUCACUAAUAAACAUGUAACACACAGAAAAUGUUGACAGUGAAAAUCUGACAGUUGGCAACUGAAAAGACUUGCUGAAUGUGCUUUGCAAUGCUGAGUGUAUCUGGCACGAUUGAUGGAUGAAUAUGUAAGUGCAAAUAAACUUAAC